AUGGCGGGCAGGGCGGGGCACGUGCGGGGAUCCAGCCGCGGCGACCUGCCCGCGGAGGGCGACGCCGCCGAGGCCGCCCCGCUCCUCGGCGCCCUGGCCGUGGUCGGCUCGGCGCUGGCGGGGCACGCGCUCGCGGGCAGGCGGCGCCAGGGCCAGGGCCGCUCACGGCAGCGGGCGCAGCAGGUGGUCCGCCAGGCGGCGUCCGGCGGGUACCUGAAGGCCCGCGAGCGCCGGGACGGCCACGGUUGGAUCAAGGAGGACCCAGAGUUCAAUCCCGGGGAGGCGUCUGGCGCCUCCGUGACAGUCGAGCUCAAGAAGCGCCCGAUGGGGAUCUCGCGCUAUACCCACGGCGAGGGCGGCAAGGGCGCCAUGGUCGUGGAGAUGACCGAGAAGGCCCGCUAUCCUGGCGACCCUCGCGGCCAGUGCGCGGUGGGCGGCGUCAAGAAGAACAUGAUCGUGAAGUCUAUCAACGGCACCGACGUGGCUGGCUGGGACUUUUCCGACAUCAUGGACAUGCUCGAGGACACGGAGGGCGACGCCAACUGCACGCAGGAGGCGAAAGCCGCUUGGGAGGCGCGCCCCCGCAACCACCAGGCGGUGGCGCUGCCGGCCACGGUGACGUUCCAGGAGAGUGCGCCUUCAGCGAGGGCGCCUCCAGCGCCCCGGCUCCACAGAUCGCCGGCGCCUGGUACCCUAGAGGCGGAGGCUUCUCGGACGCCGAGCUCGACGCGGAGAAGGCGAAGGCGGCGAGCUUUCCCGUCCCCGCUGGCUACAGCGGCGUGCGCUACACCGGCCCAGGCUGCCUGA